AUGUUUGUCUUUCACUUGACAUUCACUAUUGUGAAUACAUCUCAAACAAACUCUUCUUCUUCGAACACUGAUGACAAUGGUCCUGUCAUUGGUAUCGAUCUGGGAACUACCUACAGUUGUGUAGCCAUCUAUCGAAAUGGUCGUGUUGAAAUUAUUGUCAACGAUCAAGGAAAUCGAAUCACACCUUCUGUGGUGGCCUUCUCUGAGAAUGGAGAACGUUUGAUUGGAGAAUCAGCCAAAAAUCAAGCAACUCUCAAUCCUUACAAUACCAUCUAUGAUGCAAAGAGACUCAUUGGUCGUCGUUUCUCUGAUCCACAACUUCAAAACGACAUUGCUCUUUUACCAUUCAAAGUGGUGGACAGGAAUGGAAAGCCAAAUAUUGAGGUCGAAAUUCGAGAAGGAGAGAAACGAGUCUUCUCACCUGAAGAGAUCUCAGCCAUGAUUCUUGGAAAGAUGAAACUCAUCGCAGAAACAUAUUUGGGACAUAAAGUGACACGUGCUGUCAUUACCGUCCCAGCCUACUUUAAUGACGCACAAAAGCAGGCCACUCGUGACGCUGGAGCUAUUGCAGGAUUGAAAGUAGAGAGAAUCAUUAAUGAACCUACUGCUGCAGCAAUUGCGUAUGGAAUUGAUAAGAAGAAGCAAAAUCAGAAGGUUCUUGUCUAUGAUUUGGGUGGUGGAACGUUUGAUGUGAGCAUGUUACUGAUGGAUGAAGAUUUCUAUGAGGUGUUGGCCACAAGUGGAGACACACAUUUAGGAGGAGAAGACUUUGAUAACCGAGUAGUGAGAUGGUUAUUGGAAGAAUUCAAAAGAAAGUAUCCAAACAAAUCCAAGUCCAUUGAUAUGGAUAAGAAAGCCGUUCAAAAGUUAAAGAGAGAAGCAGAGAAGGCCAAGAGAGUUCUAUCUUCACAACAUGAGACUAGAAUUGAAAUUGAGGCGUUGCAUGAUGGUGUGGAUUUUAGUGUGAAAUUGACUCGAGCCAAGUUUGAACAGCUCAACCAUGACUUGUUCGUGAAAACAUUGAAACCUCUCGAACAAGUUCUUAUCGAUGCCAAGCUCACCAAGGACCAAGUAGAUGAAAUUGUACUCGUUGGCGGCUCCACUCGAAUUCCAAAAAUUCAACAAUUGUUAGUGGACUUCUUCAAUGGUAAAAAACCAAAACAAGGUAUCAAUCCAGAUGAAGCCGUUGCUGCUGGAGCUGCCAUUCAAGGAGGAAUUAUUGCUGGUGAUGUAGAAGAUUUGGUGUGGGUGGAUAUUGCUCCACUGUCACUUGGUAUUGAGACUGUAGGUGGUGUCAUGACGAAAAUAAUUCCAAGAGGUACCAAAAUUCCUACUCAAAAGUCACAAAUCUUCUCCACCUACCAAGACAACCAACCAGGUGUCUUGAUUCAAGUGUUUCAAGGAGAACGUUCAAAAACUGCUGACAAUACUCUCUUGGGAAAAUUUGAAUUGACUGGCAUUCCUCUUGCUCCACGUGGUGUACCACAAAUUGAAGUAACGUUUCAUGUAGACUCGGAUGGAAUUCUUCAUGUGACAGCUCAGGAUACUAAAACCCAACAAAAGAGUAAUAUCACCAUCUCCAAUGAGAAAUUGAACAUGAAUAAGGAAGAAAUUGACAAGUUAAUGGAAGAGGCACGUCAAUACGAAGAAGACGAUCGAAAAUUUAAGGAAACAAUUGAUGCUCGAAAUGAGUUGGAAGGAUUCAUGUAUGGCAUUAAGAAUCAACUGAAGGAAGAGAAAUUUAAGGCCAAGUUCAAGAAUGAGAUGGAUUUGAAAACAGUUGAAGAGGAAUUAACAAAUUCAAUGAAAUGGCUCGAGACACAUCCUGAUGCGUCUAAGGAAGAUUUCCAAAAUGAAAAGAGCAAGUUAGAAGACAAACUGAAACCAUUAUAUGCAAACAUGCAAGCCUCCGACUCUCAAAACGAAGGGCAACGACAUGAUGAAUUAUAG